GGGCAAGCAAACUGGAUUAUCUUUGUUCAACCAUGCCUCUCGACAUCGACGACGGAGGCUGUUGACAAUGCCCAUGCGGAAUCGAGGAGAAUCCUAUUCGACAUAAUUAACAGGAAAAGCAUGUGGAUCUGCACUAGAUGGCGCUGUUCCCAUAUCUGCAUGGCAGCACAUCUCCGCCGAGCCUGAGGCGAUGGCGCUCCUGUCGCUUUUUACUUUUCUGGUAAUCUGGUACUACGUUCCUCCAUUUACCUUGAGGCUGAUUCUCCAUUAUUUAGCGGGUUCUUCCUUUCUUUCUUCACUUUCCUCGUCUUCCUCCGGGGGUACGUCAUGAGUCAACCGCCAUCUACAGUUCCUGUGGCUCAGCACUACCUAAAAUACACGGCUCUGAAGGGUUUCUUUGUACAAGACGAGCCGAGCAAAAUCGACAAAGACUUCGAUUAUGCGAAGAGCAAUCUCGGUCUGAUCGAUCGCAAAUACCCUAGCGACACUGAACCUGACUCCUCGAAACAAACAACCCAGUGGCAACGCCUGGAGAACUACAUCCAAACCUUGAAUUCGCAUGCUGCUGAAGACGAGCAAUAUAAGCUGCUAUAUUUUGGACGACACGGCGAAGGCGAGCAUAAUGUGGCAGAAGCGAAGUACGGGACGGAAGCUUGGGAUUGCUACUGGUCGAAGUUGGAAGGCGACGGCGAACUCAAAUGGGCAGACGCACAUCUCACCCCUGAAGGGGAACAGCAGGCACUGACAGCGAACAAAUUUUGGGCUAAGGCUCUGAAGGAAGAAAAGAUACCCGCACCGGAGAGCUACUACUCUAGUCCGUUGGACCGGUGCUGCAACACGGCAAGCUUGACGUUUGAAGGCCUAGAUUUGCCGAAGGACAAACCGUUUAAGCCCUUGAUCAAGGAGCUUAUGCGAGAAGUUGUUGGUGUGCACACUUGUGACCGUCGCUCGUCCGCGACAGCCAUCAAAUCGCGUUGGCCAAACUUCACUUUCGAACCUAACUUCGCAGAGGAAGACCCUCUCUGGGUUGCUGAUAUCCGUGAAUCUGACUCGCAGCUUGAUCAACGUAUCAAAACCCUGCUUGACGAUAUCUUUACUAACGAUAAGCAUACGUACAUCUCGUUGACAAGCCACUCAGGUGCAAUUGGGGGUUUCCUACGUGUCCUUGGUCACGAGCCGUUUGGACUGCAAACGGGAGGUGUUAUUCCUGUUCUCGUGAAGGCUGAGAGAGUACGCGGACAACCGCCGCCAGUAAAGGUUGCUCCGGGAAUCCCACCACCAACUUGUCCACCACCUCCAGGAGUUUGAUAAAUCUCGUGCGUUUACUCUCGCUUAGUUGAAUGGCUUAUCUUCUCCCGACAGUGGAGCCAUUAACUCUAUCUGAACUAUGAGAAUGCUAGUUCGGAUAGACUCAAAAGGUUUUAAAAGAUCGGCAUUUCACACAUGCAACUCGACCUUGUCUUCAGAACAAAGCCUAAUGCUACACCUUGUCCUCCAAUUUGAUAAAUCCUGCGAAAUUUCCCCAGCGAACAAGCAUUAUGCAAAGAAGUGUGUUGGGCAGUUCUGCUAUCAGUUCGGCCACAACAAAAAUAUGAAGAACCUCACCUGCCGGGUUUCAUCCCUUCUCGUUUUUGUUGGUGAUAAGAAGCUAGCGAGAAGCAAAGAAGCUCGACCUUUGUCUUGCUCUCCCUCUCUUUGCAUUUUUUUUUUCAUAGCAUCCUUUUGGAUCACAUCUUACUUUACAUUCUUCUCAUGGUUUUACAACUUGAUUUUGUGACCUAGAGAUAAUGCAUGUAUACUGUCGCACUUAACAGUCAUCACAUGGUUACAUCUUGACAUCAAGAACCGGGUCGU